AUGCUGACCACUGUUGCGCGAGGUUCAGGUGACCUGGUAUCCGUACGCAUCAUGGGUCAACACAUGAUCAUCCUCGGCUCGCUGAAAAGAGCUCAAGAUUUACUGGAAACUAGGUCUACGAUAUACUCGAGUCGUCCGGCUGCUCCCAUGGUGAAUGACCUAAUUGGCUGGAACUGGAAUACAUCCCUUAUGCCGUACGGAGAUAAAUGGAGAAAGCAUAGACGGUCGUUCCACCAGUUCUUCAAUUCAGCGGUGUGCCCGAAAUAUCGGGACGUUCAAGUACGGGAGUCGCAUGAGAUGCUAGGCCGCCUUCUUCAAGACCCUUCCAAAUUCUUGGAGCACACGCACUAUGAACCAAUGGUGGAAGCGGUCACACCCGGUGCUUUCCUCGUCGAUCUAUUACCCAUUUUGAAGUAUAUUCCUACCUGGUUCCCAUUCGCAAGCUUUAAACGUAAGGCAGUGAUAUGGAAGCAGUGGGGAUUGGACAUGCGAGAUAUACCGUAUGAGGAGACUAAGGAGAGAUUUGUUAAGGGUGAAGCAUUGCCGUCGGUGGCUUCGACGCUGAUUCACAAAGUCUUGCAAGACCCCGAUCAGAAGCAAGCAGAUGUCCUCGCCAGAAGCACUGCCGCAUUAGGAUAUUAUAUCAUAGCUGGAACAGAUACUAUCACGGCAUUCACCCGGAACUUCUUCCUAGCAAUGGCGAAUAAUCCUUAUGUUCAGCGCAAGGCGCAAGAAGAACUGGAUGCAGUCGUGGGAUAUGGUCGACUGCCUGAGUUCAAGGACCAAAUUAACCUGCCAUAUGUGUGUGCGAUCAUCAAGGAAGUUCACAGGUGGCGGCCUGUAAUACCAUACGGCUUUCCUCACAUGUCUGUCUCUGAUGACGAGUAUGAAGGGUAUUUCAUACCGUCGGGCUCUGUGAUAGUCCCCAACGUUUGGUCGAUUUUACACAACCCUGAAGUUUAUUAUGAACCCGAAAGGUUUGAACCAGACCGAUUCAUUAAGGAUGGCAAGUUGGACUUGACUGGCAAGGAUCCUGAAGAUGUGGCAUUCGGAUUUGGUCGCCGAGUCUGCCAGGGUAGAUGGUUUGCUAAUGACUGGCUGUUUCUCAUCGUAUCCCAUAUCCUUGCCUGUUUCGUCAUCGAGGCGCCUCGCGAUGCGGAGGGCAAACCCGUGCGCCUUGCCCCAGAAUACUCAUCCGGUCUCGUCUCGAUGGCUGAUAGCUUUGAAUGCAACGUUAGGCCCCGUUCGGAAGCGAUGCAGGAAUUGAUUUUGCAUUUGCAAGAAGAGGAUUAA